UCCAAUCUGGAUUAUAUUUAAAUGACAAGCUGACCCUCCUGUCCUAGGAUCCCAUCAUCAUCAACAUCCAGACUUCCAUCUUCAUCCCACAUAUCCAUCUAUCUCUAUUUCAUUAACUCAUCUUCAAAAUGGUAUUUAUGCGCUCUUUCUCCCGCCAACUCCGGCGCCCUGCUACCUCGCUCCUUUCCACGAAAGGAGCUUUCGCGCCUGCGGCCAGCAACCCAUUCCGGGCUGCUCCUUUGGCGAACUCGAUUGCUGGUGCACGUACGCUAACCGCCUCUGCGAACUUACAGGGCAAGGUUCUUAUGGUCCUCUAUGACGGUGGUGAGCACGCCAAGCAGCAGCCCGGUCUUCUGGGUACCACCGAGAACGAGCUGGGCUUGAGGAAGUGGCUGGAGGAGCAGGGUCACACCCUGGUCACCACCUCCGACAAGGAGGGCGAGAACUCGACCUUUGACAAGGAGCUCGUGGAUGCCGAAGUCAUCAUCACCACUCCCUUCCACCCCGGCUACCUGACUGCCGAGCGCCUGGCCAAGGCCAAGAACCUCAAGAUCGCCGUCACUGCUGGUGUCGGUUCCGACCACGUCGACCUGAACGCUGCCAACAAGACCAAUGGCGGUGUCACCGUCGCCGAGGUCACCGGCUGCAACGUCACAUCCGUCGCUGAGCACGUUGUCAUGACCAUCCUGACCCUGGUCCGCAACUUCGUUCCCGCUCACGAGCAGAUCCGCCGCGGCGAGUGGGACGUUGCCGCUGUCGCUAAGAACGAAUUCGACCUUGAGGGCAAGGUCGUCGGUACCGUGGCCGUUGGCCGUAUUGGUGAGCGUGUGCUGCGCCGUCUCAAGCCCUUCGACUGCAAGGAGCUGCUCUACUACGACUACCAGCCUCUUAAGCCCGAGGUUGAGGCCGAGAUCGGCUGCCGUCGCGUUGACUCCCUCGAGGAGAUGCUUGCUCAGUGCGACGUUGUCACCAUCAACUGCCCCCUGCACGAGAAGACCCGCGGUCUGUUCAACAAGGAGCUCAUUGCUAAGAUGAAGAAGGGCUCCUGGCUCGUCAACACCGCUCGCGGUGCCAUUGUCGUCAAGGAGGACGUCGCCGAGGCUAUCAAGUCUGGCCACCUCCGCGGAUACGGUGGUGAUGUCUGGUUCCCCCAGCCCGCCCCCGCCGACCACCCUCUGCGCACUGUCCAGGGCCCCUGGGGCGGCGGCAACGCCAUGGUCCCUCACAUGUCCGGUACCUCGAUCGACGCCCAGAUCCGCUACGCCAACGGCACCAAGGCCAUCCUCGAGAGCUACUUCUCGGGCCGCCACGACUACCGCCCCGAGGACCUCAUUGUGCACGGAGGAGACUACGUUACCAAGGCCUACGGCCAGCGUAACAAGGCCUAAAUGGCAGAAUGAGAUGAUGAGCUGCAUGGAUCGAUCUGUUUUUUGUCGG